GUCGGGGCGUUGGCGUGAGAGGCGGAAGGAGAAAGAGGGAGCGCAAUAAUGGAGGAAGGGUGGGGGGCGCACGAGAGGGCUGGUGCUGAAAUAGCCGCCUUUUUGGAAUGAAGUCGAGAUGGAUAAACGGCAGGUUUCAUACAGGGACAGGGAAACUAAGAACGUAGGUGCUGCUAGUUUCGGGCUGUCAAGAGAGUCUUGCAGGUCCUCAUGAGAAAAUGAGUUGCGGUUGUGUUUAUCGAUAAGUGUCAUCUCCCUCAUUAUAAACUGUGCAAAAAAUGGACAGUGAGGUACAAAGAGAUGGGAGAAUUCUAGAUUUGAUUGAUGACGCAUGGAGAGAAGAUAAGUUACCAUAUGAAGAUGUGGCAAUACCCUUGAAUGAACUUCCAGAACCAGAACAAGACAAUGGUGGAGCAACGGAAUCAGUGAAAGAACAAGAAAUGAAAUGGGCUGAUCUGGCUUUGCAGUAUCUUCAUGAGAAUAUUCCUCCAAUUGGAAAUUAAUCUGUACAAAUUAGCAUAAUAACCACUUUAUUCAGAUGAAUUUCUUGUCAGAAUUGGUUUUCAGUCUUUUGCCCUGUUAGUCUUGUUUUGAGAUAACUGAUAAUUAAUUGUUUUAAUUAAACAGUUGCUUAAAAGGCACUAAAAGUUUUUUUGUAGAUCAUGAGAGAUUUUUCUACCUUUCUAAAUACGAAAGAUUUUCCUUGAAGUUUCCAGCAGAGGUCGCAGAAGUACAACAGUUUCCUUGAGUAUGAAUUGCUCUUUAAUCAACUUGAAAUAUAUUGCAAAAAUUCUAUGUUUGCAGUUUUUGAUUUCAGUAAAUUCUUAUUUGUACUAAAUAUAUUCUGUGGAAAUGUAGGCAGUUCUGCUGAUAAAAGCUUUUUCACUUCAUCUUUUUAAUGCUAUCUAGAAGAUGGAUUGAAAGUACUCAAAAUACACAUUACCACACAUAAUAAAACUUUAAUAGCUUCAACUACAGACAGAAUUAAUGGACUGAAGUAGUUAAGGGAGGGAUAUUUAACUUUUCUUCCAUCUACUGAUUUUCUAGAGCAUUUCAUUCUAAAUAUAUCAUCACACACUUCCUGAAUUUACAGAUAUAUUCAAAAGGUAUAUACUCAACUGUAAUAUUGUAAACAAGAACAAUGGUGAAAAGUUAAAGUGAGUUCAAUUAAGUAAUUUGUUGCAUGCUGCAUUUCUUAAAAGACAUUAGCUUAAUAGACAUGAUAUUAAAAAGUUUAUUCUAGAAAA